UCCAACAUGGCGUGGAGGAGCUGCUCCGUCCUGCUCAGACUGACCGGAGAAGACGCGUUACGGAGCUCCGUCAGGGGCGGCAGCAGGUGGCCUCACAGCUUCCAGCAGCGAUGCGGCUUCAGGAAAGCAGCCAGAAAACCAGAAUCCAAGAAGGUGGAGGAGGAGUUAGGCCCCGCCCACACAGAGCUCUCUGAGGCCGGCGCCCACCGUCGGAGCCCCGCCCCCCACCUGGACCAGCAGGCCCCGCCCAGCUCGCCGCGGGCCUUCGGCCGGCUGCUCCGGCCGCUCGUCUUCACCGUGGGGUUUACAGGCUGCUCCUUCGGCUCGGCGGCCAUCUGGCAGUACGAGUCACUCAAGUCUCGAGUCCAGAGCUACUUCGACGAGCUCCGGGCCGACUGGCUGGAGAAAGUUCGGCCGCAGAAACGAGGAGACGUACGGAAGGAGAUCAACCAAUGGUGGCACAGCCUGAGUGAAGGUCAGAAGACGGUCACAGGGAUCAUCGCCGCCAACGCCGUCGUGUUCUGCUGCUGGAGGAUCCCGUCUCUGCAGCGCGUCAUGCUCAAGUACUUCACCGCUAAUCCUGCUUCCAGGACUCUCUGCUCCCCGAUGCUGCUCUCCACCUUCAGCCACUUCUCCUUCUUCCACAUGGCGGCCAACAUGUACGUCCUCUGGAGCUUCUCCACCAGCGCCGUGUCCAUGCUGGGCCGCGAGCAGUUCAUGGCCGUCUACCUGUCCGCAGGAGUUGUUUCUACGUUCUUCAGUUAUGUUUGUAAGACGGCGACGGGGAGGUUCGGUCCGUCUCUGGGAGCGUCCGGCGCCAUCAUGACCGUCCUGGCCGCCGUCUGCACCAAGAUGCCAGAAGCCAAGCUGGCCAUCGUCUUCUUCCCCAUGUUCACCUUCAGCGCCGCCAACGCGCUGAAGGCCAUCGUCGCCUUGGAUACGGCAGGUCUGCUGCUGGGAUGGCGGUUCUUCGACCACGCCGCCCACCUGGGCGGAGCCUUGUUUGGCAUAUGGUACAUCCUCUUCGGCCACGAGUGGAUCUGGAAGAACCGAGAACCUUUCGUCAAACUUUGGCACGACCUGAGAACUGGAGGCGGCCGAGGAGGAGGAGGAGGAGGAGGAGGAGACCGAGGAGGCUCCUUUUAGGACUGAUGAGGAAAUAAAAACCUGUAAAGAUGUAAAAAAUGUACAGACAGAAGCACAGCAGGCUCCCAGGAGACGGCUGGGAGGCUGGAUCACAGCAAACCUUCUCGUUUGUGUCACGAGAAACUGUUUAUGGAGGAAGACGGAGAGAACUUCACCCAAAAACACUUCUUAACAAUCAAUCAGUUGAUUAUUUGGCCAAAAAAAGUCAAUUUGUAGCCUCAACCCCCCCAAAGAAUUCCUGUUUAUUGAUAAAUCUUCACUGAUCAAGUGAUUUAUUCAUGUUUUAUGUCGGUCGAUCGGUUCUGAGCAGAUUUAAAAACCACUAAAUGUGAUAUUUAUUGUUGAGGAGGAACAGAACUCACAGUAUUUGGACACAAACUCCUCUCGUUUGUCUUUGGGUUUAUUUAUGUUUGUUGCUUUUCUUUCGAAUAAAACUGUUAAAUGAUCCAGAA